AUGUAUAUUAAAGGACUUUUUAGACAGUUGUGCAGUUCAUAUUCCUCCAGGUUUGUGAUGGGGAUGAUUUUGUACUUGUUGGUCAUCUUAGUGUUCCCACAGUUCAUCCAUGCUUUCACAAGCCCCACCAUGGUACAAACUGUGGCAAAUAUGUCUGACUUCUGGGUAGUUCGUCUUGGACUUAACCUGCUUGGAUAUGCUACAAUAUUUGUACCUGCUGCAAUUCUGAUGAGAUAUUUUAAAAGCAUCAAUUUUCAAGAGAAAGGCGGUCAUGGCAUUUUUUCACGGGUGGUAAAACUCUGCAUCUAUGUCGUUGCAUUGGUCGAACAAGGUGGCUUUGUGGAAUCCCUCGCUUUCAUGACGGCCCACCCUAAUUUUAUUAUUCACAUCAUGGUACUCAGUAUCUGUUCGGCCACUGGUCAGCUAUUCAUCUUUUACACAAUCUCUGUCUUUGGGGCGGUCACCUUCACGAUCAUCAUGACUCUUCGACAGGCACUUGCCAUCUUUCUCUCCUGCAUCAUCUACGGACAUCCUGUGACGCCACUCGGAGUUGUUGGAGUGGCUGUUGUCUUCCUAGCAAUGUUUCUUCGAAUUUACAUUAAUCAACGUAAAAAGGCAUUGGCUGCUGCCCGAAAACCCAACAAUCAGUCACUGUAA